GCCGGCCAGUCAGUCAAUCCGUCAGUCGCUCGCGAGGCAGCGGGGCACGAGGUGCCGCCGGAGCGGGCGGGAUGGCGGCGGCGGCUGAGGGGAAGGCGGGCAACGGCCAUGCCGAGGGACCGGCGGCGGCCGCGGCGGAGGAGAGGGGCGGCGCGGGUGGGCUGCGGGGCUGCCGGGGCUUCCUGCGGCGUAACGCGCUGGUGCUGCUGACUGUGUCCGGGGUGGUGGCCGGCGUUGCUCUGGGCGCCGCCGUGCGCCGUGCGUCGCUGGGCCCGGCGCAGGUGGCCUACCUGGCCUUCCCCGGGGAGCUGCUGCUGCGGAUGCUGCGGAUGGUGAUCCUGCCGCUGGUGGUCUGCAGCCUGGUGUCGGGAGCCGCCAGCCUGGACACCCGCUCUCUCGGCCGCCUGGGAGGCAUCGCCCUCGCCUAUUUCCUAGGCACCACGCUGCUGGCCUCCGGCCUCGCCGUCGCCCUCGGCUUCAUCAUCCGCCCCGGCGCCGGUGCCUCCGCCCUCAACGACCCCAGGCUGGGGCUGUCGGGCGACGUGCCCACCAGCAAGGAGACGGUGGACUCCUUCCUCGACCUCAUCAGAAACCUGUUUCCUGCAAACCUUGUUGCUGCAGCUUUCCGAACGUAUGCGACAGAAUAUAAGAUGCUGCUCAGAAACACUACCUCUGGAAAUGUCACAUGGGAAAAGAUCCCUGUCGGUACUGAGAUAGAAGGAAUGAAUAUCCUGGGACUGGUGCUGUUCGCUCUGGUUUUAGGAGUGGCGCUGAAAAAGCUUGGCCAGGAAGGGGAAGAUCUGAUUCGCUUCUUUAAUUCAUUCAAUGAGGCAACUAUGGUCUUGGUUUCCUGGAUUAUGUGGUAUGUACCUAUUGGCAUUAUGUUCCUUGUUGGGAGCAAGAUUGUGGAAAUGGAAGAUAUUGUGCUUCUAGUGACCAGUCUGGGAAAAUACAUCUUCGCCUCUAUUCUGGGACACUUCAUCCAUGGAGGAAUCAUUCUGCCACUUAUUUAUUUUGCAGCCACACGUCAAAAUCCAUAUCGUUUUCUCUUAGGACUUAUCACACCAUUUGCCACUGCUUUUGCCACUUGUUCCAGCUCAGCCACUCUCCCAUCAAUGAUCAAGUGUAUUGAGGAGAAUAAUGGAGUCGACAAGAGGAUCAGCAGGUUUAUCCUUCCUAUCGGGGCGACUGUAAACAUGGAUGGAGCUGCUAUUUUUCAGUGCAUGGCAGCUGUGUUUAUUGCUCAGCUGAACAAUGUCGACCUCAACCCUGGGCAAAUCUUUACAAUUCUUGUGACAGCUACCGCGUCCAGCGUGGGUGCAGCUGGGAUUCCAGCCGGAGGAGUGCUCACCAUCGCUAUCAUCUUGGAGGCCAUUGGACUUCCGACCAACGAUCUCUCCUUGAUAUUAGCAGUGGACUGGAUUGUGGAUCGAACCACCACAGUUGUGAAUGUGGAAGGGGAUGCCCUAGGAGCAGGCAUCCUUAAUUACCUGAAUGAAAAAGAAAAGAAAGAAAAAGAGCAGGAGCUAAAGGAAGUCAACGUAGAAGCAGUCGCUAACAGCAAGUCUGAAGAGGAAACAUCACCUUUGGUAACCCACAAAGACCAAGUCUCCAACACAACCAGUACAGCAGACCCUGAAUCCAAGGAAUCAGUAUUGUGAACUAGAGGCCAUUCGUCAACACGCGUCCUAGAGGUGGACCAGGGACUUGUUAAAGCACCUAGACAUUUGCAGUGCUAACAAGGGCUGGGUGGCUCUUGGAAGUUUUCAGUUACAAUCUUUUUUGAAAUAUGCUGGCCUGGGGAAGGGGAGGGAGGUGGGGUGGGCAGAGAAGGGGUGUUGAGAAAGAACACUCGCUUUAUAAUAGUAUUUUGAUAAUUCCUAUGUAUACAUGUAUAUGUGUUGCACAUGCACACAUGUACAUGUAUGUGAAAACAAUGUCAUUGAGGCUUCUGGUUUAACAAGACUUCUGUUAGUCAAGGCUCAUGGGUUGGAGACAAACCCAGUAUGUGCUUAUUGUAGGGAAAAAUUAGUAAGCUUACUGUGCUGCUGUUCAAAUGGAGAUACAGUCUAGAAACUCCAGAGUGGAUGAAAAUGUUGCUUAAAUUUAGUUUCUGGCCUGGAAACACUUACAGACCAUUACUGACGUUACAUGAAGCAACAUUUUUCUCCCACUCCCCUUCCUCUCCUGUUCUUCGAUCCCUUAAAAACGUCACAUAUAUCCUGAAAACUAGCUUUUUCUUUUUUAAAAAAAUUUUUGUUUCAUACCUGAAUUAAUAGUUUACAGGGGUCCAAACCUUGUUCCAUUGCCCCACUGCAUUGCAGCUCACAGCAGCUUUCCUGCCUUUUGGUGAGUAACUCCCAAAUUUUGGGACCAAACAUAGGAGAUCAUGCAGAUCAAGGACGCAUUUCCUCUAACCAAGCUGUUAAAGAAAAAAUCGAGAGGAAACACAAAUUUUGUUAGUGUAAUCCCUCUGCGGAUGAAAAAAAUGUAGAGUCCGUUCCAGCAUAAAUUUGUCUGGAAGAGGCUUGUCUGUGACAACAUCAAGAGAUCAAGAAGUCAGUUCCCUUCAUGAAAACACGCAUGCUCCCUUGCUAGCACGCCACAUCCUGCUCAUGUCUAUUUAAUGGGUCAGUCCAAACAAGUUAAGUCAUAUCCCUCUUCCAGCAAAAUUGAACAGGGGGGGAAAAAAUCUGAACACACAUCAUUUGGGAACUGAUGACAGGCAAGUCUCAGUGUUGGCUUGAAAGGGGAGGAGAAGAGGUGAGUUUAUAACCCCGUGUAGUUCAGUGAUCUCUGUGUGUUGGGGUAGCUGCAUACCUGUGCCUGCUAGUAGUUUGGUCCUGCUAUAAAUGUCCUUCUGCCAGCAGCUUACGUUUCGUAAUUCUGGGUGGUGCUGGGCCAGGGUAAUACUUCGUGGCAGAUGGAAACCUUUGCUUGAGGCUGAGCCAAAUGCAUCUGGAUUCUGACUCCACCUUUUUUCCUUUACAACAUACUUCCUGAAUUUGCACCCCAAACCCAAACAAAGUCUGGCAAACUCAUUGUGAAGAUCCUGUUGAUUUUUCUUGGCUUUUUGGACAGCAAAUAGUUACAAAAUAACGGCUGUGCAUAUGCCAAGAUUUGCCUGGACUUGUGAUGCUUUCCCUUGGCUACUUCAGCAAGAUAAUUGCAUAUGGUCAGACUCCACACUGUUAAUUCAGCAAUAUAUAUUUACACUUAGCUUUGAUAUAAAAUAAUGCUAAGUCUCCCUUUUUCUUUCUCCUCUCUUGCUUCAGAGGAAGCUAUCUUGGAAAGAUAACCAGUUGCUGAUGUUUAUGUUCACGGCACUAGGAAGAGGCAGCUCCAAUUUCAUAGCAGCAGCAGCAGCAGCCUUCAUUUGCAAAGCAUCCUUCCUGGUAAAGGGACACAAUGAAUUUUGCAAAAAGACGCUCAGAAUGAGAUGUGGCUACCUCUGAGGGAAAACACAGUGAGUGCGUCACUCCUGGCUGUUUAAUCAUGUGCAGCAGGGCUAUGCAAACAAUUGAGGUAGGAAAGAAUUAGUCAGCUCACUGAGAAACUGCAGGUGGAGUUUCUUUUUAACCUGUUUGUUUAUAACCACGUCCAUGAAAUUUGGUCAUUCCUUGGCUCAUCUUCAAAAUGGAAGGAGACAAACAAUUCUCUAGGGACAUCCUUUGCCCAGUAUUUAUUAUUUCAUUUUUAGCAGAUCAAGACCCACUGAAACUUUGCAUUUCCUCCCAUUAGAAUCAUCCCAACUCCUUUCAACUCAGGAAAUCAAAAGCGCACUUUGUAGCUGACAAUGAAAGUCAACAAAUAUGAGGUGUUUUGAAAAAUGGAGUUUUGAAAAAAUGGUUCUCAACAAACCUUUUGUCUUUCUUUUUUUUUUAAUCAAGUCUAAGUAUUUCUUUGAAAAAUCUGAAUGCACCAGAACCCCAAAUAUUUUGAUUUUUAAAGCAGUAUAUGGAUGUCUUAAGGACGCUGAAAAUCAUGUCUGUUCCCUGUCCUCUCCAUGGCACAUGCAGCUGGGAUCAGGACAUGAGAGCAUGCAGCACUCAAAUGACGUUGCUAUGAAGCAUCACAGCACCAUUCUGGACUAGAACAUUUCUCAAUUUUUAUUUUUUUCCACCCCAAAGCUGUUGUUGCCUACAGGUAAAAGUACUCGCCUGGGCAAGUCCAAAGGCUGUGCUUCCUCGCAGGCAGCACCUUGCCAUUGCUGUGUCAAUCUUUCUUCCCUUUGGUGCUGCAGCUUGAUUGUGCCUUGUCCUUGUAGCAGUGUGCCAUAGGCGUUUGGCACAUUCUUUCUGACAGCAGAUCCCAGGAAAUGGUAAAUUAAAGUCAAUACCUCAGAGUCUUUGUAGUAUUUUCCAAUAGCAAUGCAGAAGCUCAGAGUCUUUGCUGAAGAAUGCCUCUCCCAGUCCCCACUAGUGGAUUGCCACAUUUUGCAUCAAUGUGAAUGUCUAGUCCCAUGUAAAGCUUAUUAGAGCAGUCAGAUUUAAAAAGGUCAAAUCAUUCUUGUAGCAGGAAUUUAACCAAGGAAAUGUAACACUCCUUCUGGAAGCAGGUGCCAUAGGGUUUAUACGAAGCAUGAGUAUUCGGGUCUUAACCUGCCAGAAAUCUGUAAUUUUACAGAAGCCCUACUUUUGACUUACAAAGGUGCUAGUUCUUUUUUUAUUUGUGUACAGCAAGAGAGAUCCCAGCAUUUUCCAUGGAAGCAGGCACGCUGGGUAACUACUACUUGUCAGAACAUCUUCUUGGUCUUUUCUGUAUCAUCUGUGUCAGAAAUUAUAUUUCUUGUUUUUCUGUGAUGUUCCCAUUCCUCAGUGGCUGUGCCGCAUCUUCUAGGGCUCUUCACCUGGCUUCGGAUUUUUUUCUCAAGUUACAAAUGUAAAAGAUCUGAUAUUACACUCUUCUUGGACUGUAAAAAUUUGGCACGUUCCAGUAACUGUCCUUGUAGCAACACGAAUCCUGAUCAAAAGCCUGAUGAGAUAGAAGGCUUGCCAUUUGCUUCAAGUGGUCAAGGUCCUCAGGUAAGGCCACUGGGAGAAAAAUGAAAGGGCUGUUAAAGGAUGUGCAUUUUAGAUGCUGUCCUUGACCUGCAGUGCAAUGUGUUACACUGGGAGUUUCCUAUUUUGGAUCCCCGUGCAGCCUCACUCCAAGAGGCUCUGAGCUGAGAAGGUGCUCGGCGGCAGCGCAGGUGCAGCCAGUAGUAGCUGCUCUGCUCUCACCCGGGCACUCCACGAAUCUGGUGCUGGUGUGGUACUUAACUCCAAUGUCUCUUGACCAGACUUAUGUUUAUGUUCUCCAGCAUGACUGUACAUUGGAAACCGUUAGUCAGUUGCUUUUUCUUUCAAGAGGAAAUAAAUUCCAUCUAGAAAACACUAUUUUUCUUUUUGGCUUUAGUCUUUUUUUUUUUUUUUUUGGAAGGUACAAAUUCUCUCCUUAGGAGAGCAGGCUACAAGCAGCUCAUGUCCUACCCUCUAGUACAGCGGCUGCCUUUGGGGAGAAAGGUAGGGGAAUAUGGAAGAGAAGAGUCUGCAAGUCUUUGGCAUCAACAAGUCAAUCCCAUUUUGUCUCUGAUGCCAUUUAUUCUUCCACUUUUAACUUCUCUUUUCAGUGAAGUUUCUUUGACUGUUUUGGACUACCUUUUAUUACUUCUUCUCCAGGAUUGGCUUCCCACUCCAUGCUUUAUCCAUCACUGCCUUAUCUUAUCCCAUUCCCUGGAAUGCCCUAUGCUGUUUUGAUGUAUAGUGGCUCAGGUAUAAAUGGGAGAGUGGACAAAAUUUUGAGGGCUCCACGUGGUCCUUGUGAAAGUAGUUUGAAUUCUGCCUUGCUCCUGUCCUUAACUCACCAGAGGUUUGUGAGACUUGGUAAUUUAAAGAGUUGCUCUGAGAGUACGGAGCAGUAUCUGUCUGUCAUCCUGCGAAAGGUGCUUGUUCUGUGCUGUGAGAUGUGGCUAUGGAUGCAUUAGAAGCUGUAGUGAGCCAGCACUUGGCUGCUAUUAGGAUAUUUUCAGUAAAAAACCAUUAUUCCCAGGAACUGAGCUUUAGCUGAGUCUCAGCUGUUGUGUUGGUAAUUGCACUGCAAGAUUCAGUAAUUGCAAAGGGCGUAAAACCCUUCUGGGAUGGCUCUUGCAAUCAGGAUGGCUUUUGUGUUGAAAACAGACUAGGGUCAAACCCAGGGCUUCCCCUGCAGGGCUGUGACAAACAGGACUGUGUCCUUCAGACAUAACAGAAAAGUGGAGCCAGCCAAAGUACCAAAUCAGCUGAUGAAACAACCUCUGCUUUGUCUUUUCUGGGCAGCCCUGUUACUGCCUGAAGAGGCAGUGUCCUGAGCUGGAGGUGGUGAGAGGUUGGGGGGACAGUAUGAGGGGCAGGAAGGUUUCAUAUGUGCUUGCUCUGUUCCUAUACUCUUCCCUGGACACUUGCUGUGGCCAGUGCCAGAGAUGGCCGUGACCCAGUGUCACCAUUCUUAGGCUCAUUCUCCUGUGGUUCCUCCAUAUUUUCCAGCAGGAAUAAUGAAAACUGAGGUGUUAGGCAGUUCUUCUUUCAGUCAAGUCAAAGGCCCUGGAAUCUGUGACCACCCUGCCAUGUGUUGUAGGUUAUGAUGUCCUGCAGAGCUUAUGAAAGGUAUAAACCCACACCUCCUUCUGCAAAUAUUUGCAGUGUUGGGCAACAAUCCGGACUGAAUCUCCACUCUGGUCCUCUGGUGGCACAGCACAUUUCUGCAGCCACUGGAAAGCAUCCUCCUGUUGGAAAUCAUCAUUUUUAAUCCUGACCUUCUCACAAGCAGUGAGCAAUGGGCCUCAGGUAGGAAGACAAAAAGACAAACUGUCACCAAAGGAAAAAUGUCAAGUCUUCAUUGAUUCUUAACUGGGCCAUGGCAGUUCAUAAUCACUCGCAGACCCGCCUGUAAUGACUGAUCCUGUGACUGAUGAACAGCACAGAAUUAGGCAGGUCACAUAAAUCCUCUGCCUGUGCUUCCUUUUCUGUAAAUUAAGUUUACAGAUACUUACCUGUCUCUCACAGGCAACAGUGUGGAGGAUAGUGAGUCGUCGUAGUGUUUGGAAAGCACUCUUAAGACACAGAGCACUAAAUCUUAAAUAACAAUGAACUUUUCAAAAAUCGGAAAGGAAUCAAAAAAUUAAAGCAAGCAUCAUGAAGUCAGGAGUUGCACUGUGCUAGAGUCUGAAUGACUGUGUGACAGAAAGGAGAUCCAGUGUAUGCGUUCGCUGGGCUAACUCUGGGGAAGCAGGGGAGCUACUGUCAGUGGGAGUUGCAUUUCAAAAUGCAGAUGUGAUUUAUUCAAGGUGGGCAGAGUACCCUCUUACAUCUGCCUCCUUCCAUCUCCACCUGGGACGCCCAUGAAAACUUAGGUUCUGGUAAAAUAACAGACCUCACCAUGGAUUUGAUGUCUAAAUUAGAAGUCUUGACAGCUUUGUUUUUGUCUAGUUUCAAUGAAAGAAAGAGCUUUUCAACUGAAAAAACAAGUUAUCUUGGCAGUACGGGCAAAAAGGUGGAGAAAAAGAAGGAAGAGCUGGAGGAUUGCACGGCAGCAUCACAGAGGACAGGGUAAGCAAGUGGAUAAAGAACCUAAGACACUGAAAGAAGCAUCUUUUCCUGUGUUUUGAUACAGAUAGCAUCAAAAAGUCCACAGGCAUUUGUCCGGCAUGUAGCAGAGAGGUUGCAAAUCCGUGCCCGCUGCCUGGCCAGCAUUUGCAGGGAGAGGCAGACGCUGAGUGCUGUUUUCUGAAGCGCGCCGUCACUGGGCAACAAUGCAGCGUGUCAGCGUGGAGCUCUGAUAAGCUGCUCCUGGCUGCUAGCCAUGACCACAGAGAAAUAGCGGUACAGUUCUGGAUCAGGGAUUGACCCACAUUCCUCCUUGCAGGAUAGCUGGGACAAAUGCUCCUCAGAUAAAUGGCAUGGUAGCCAUUAUUCUUCGAGGACAAAGACGACCUUGUUAUCUGUGCAAGCAUAUUGAUGAAAGCCGUGUUCGCUUGCUGCUGCAGUUUCAGGGAAGAGGGAAAAGGGUACGACAAACGAUCUGAAACUUUUUCCAGACAUUGGGCAACACGUUGAGAGAGUUGCCAGUGAGUAUUUUAAGUCUGACAAGAAGCGAUCAAGAGCCUUAUUUGGCUCCCGUAGCUGUCUGUCUUCACAUCUGAGCACUGGCUUGGAAAGUUAAUGUUAACAUGAUAUUCAUUCUCUGCAUGGGGUCUUUACAGACAUUUGUGACCAGCGGGCACCAUUUCACAGCUGCAGAAGUGAAUGCACGCAGAAAAAGGUGAAAGAACACAUUUCUCGAGUCACGUGAAGAAUCAUCAAGCAGGCUCGGAGCAGACCUCGAAUCCUGAAGUUCAUUGUUAGCUAACAACUAUCACCUACCCAAAAAAAUUAACGUCUAGGGAUUUAUAAAUGUAUUUAUUUGAGUAUUGAUACUGGAGUAUUAAUAGCAUGUUACUGCAGAAUGAUCACUUCUCUUUUGGGAGGAAUGGAAGAAGAGAAGUGUAGAAGUAGGAGAGUUAUCUUCCCCCUGGGAUGGAUGUUUUAAUAGAAAAGGAAAAAGAAAAUCUCUUUCAUUGAGGAGUUCAUGGUAUGGUUACUUAUCUAAUUUUAUCUCAGUGUCAGCAGAUACAUCCUCCUCAUCAGCUAUGAAAUCUCAUUUGGAUUUAACCUCUGAUCUCAGUGCCAGCAGGAGGCGAGGACUUGUGGAUGUUUCAGCAGGCCAACUGCUCUUACUUGAAGUUCCUGCACAAGAAACAUUUCUACUUGUCUUUCCCAAGGCCACAGAUGCUGUUUGCAAGGCAAGCAGGCCUACCAAUGGGAACCAAAACGAGGAAAUGAAUUUUGAGCCAACCCUGUUGUAAUGCAAAGUUAACGGUGUGGUUUUAAGCCACAGAGACCAAGAAAUUCGGUAUUAGAUGUUCCUUAGGAUAGCUUUCGCUUGCUCCUUCAGAUAACAGUGCUGUAAUACACUUCUUUUGCAAGCAUGUAUUUAGUAACUGAAACUAAACUGCAUAUGGCAUGUCAAUGCAACUGAGGUUUGCAGUAACACAUGGCAGAAAGAAAUUACCAGGGGAAAUCUUCUCUGAAGGAAACUGUUUACACAUGCCUGAAUCCCCCUGGAUUACAUUCCCACAGAAAGAAUUGUGCUUAACCAUAAAAAAUACUCCAAAUAUUAACUGGUUUGGAUUGUAGCUUUUGUAAGAACCAGAAGGAAUGCCACAAAGUAGAUGGGCCAGGGCCUUCGCUGGUGUGCAAUAAAGUAAUUUCCUGAGCCUUCAGUGACCCAUGGACUUCUGAUGGAGAUGAUACCUCCAUAGCAGCACAGGGGUUUGGUCUGGUCCUCUUAAGAUGAUCAUGGUCAGUAAAGGAACAUUUUUAAAACUCGUUGGCUAUAACUAGAGGCGUUUUAUGUGCUUAUACUAUUCUUAUGACAUGGCGCCUCCCACAAGAAAAAUGUGUUUUCUAGAUGGUCAUUGUUGAUGCAUAAGCAAAGCUUCCUCAUUUUUUGAUGGGUUUUCCUUCUCUGUAUCUCUCUUGCAGAGUCUGCUGUGGUCCUUGCAGUCUGCUGAGACUCCAGCAGGACAAGGCUCCUAUAGUACAUAGAUUAAACUUAGCGGUAUUCUAGUUCCAUGCAAGGACAUAGACUGUCUCACAUCCCAGUAUGAGGGGACAAAGACGUAGCUUCAACUUGGGAGGAGGGGCUGGGCUGAAGAAAACCCUACUUCAUUAAGGCAAUACCUUAAUGACAUUUUACACUUAAUAAGUCAAAUAAUUGUGACCAAGCUAGCCCAGCCCUGACCGCCUCCCUGUUCUGCCCCACAAUAGAUGCUCUGUUGACAUUACUUCCCUGAGGACCAGUGUGGAGGUAAUGUGUUUGCCAUCCCUGAAUAAUGCAAUCUUUUAAGAAUAUAGUCUUAUUUAGACUUUCUCUGUCACUAUCCUGGCUACACUUUGUAAGGUCAUCCUCAAAGCAUGUGCUGUACAGGAUGGAGACCAUGUAUAGCACUACAAAUAGCUGAGUGUACCUCUACUAAUGGGAGAUAAGCCUCUUUUUCUGAAUUGCUUGUUUAUGGCAAACUGAGACUGACUCACUCACCGCUUUGUGAGGGUGAAGAUUUUGAUUAGAUUUUGAUUAAUCCCUCUAGAUUCAGGGACAGCAGGACCACCCCUGAGACACGAGGAGUCUCUGCAGCAGAGGUACACGAUCUGCCUUAUUAUCCUUAAAGGUGCCUUGUCCUGGUUCCUUUCAGGACAACUUCCAAGUUGCUGUUUGGCUUUCGAAUAUAACUAUGCACCAAAGGUGAGAGACUCCGUUAUCCCUGGAAUCGUGAGGGAGAACGUGAUGUCCUAGUGUGGGAUGGGGAAAGUGAGUUUCUUUAUCCUGUAAGCUCUCAGUCAGCAACCCUGCCUCAGAUGUGUGUAUGUGUGUGUGCUUUUAUUUCUACAUGAACACAAAUUGCUCUGAUUAGGAGGGAGGGUUCUUGUAUUUUUAUAUGCUAAGCCAUUUGAUUAAUUACCUUAAUAAAACAACAGACAGAUGAACUCUGAAAUUCACUGCCAUCUGCUCCAGUACAAUCCAGUAUCAUUGAUACAAAGAUAUCUGCCUUCACAUAAAACUAGUGCUCAGAGUAACCAUCCAUUGAGUAAGUACUUGUGCCAUGUGGGUGUGUUGAUCCUUGUGAACAUCUGUAGCUGUUCCUCUUUUAAAGCUAUGAGUUUGAUCCAUGUGACUCUGUAUCAGCCUUUUUAUUAUCUACCAAGAACAGAUGUACAUGCACAUUUGCAAAAAAAAGACCAUAUUGCUGUGUCUGGGGGUGUGUGACCCUGGGGUAGAUAUUACAGAUGUUUACUGUGUAAAAACUCUCCCUGCCUGCCUGGGGAGCAAACAGUCCGUUGGCUCAGGUUGAGAUGGUUUGUUGUAUUAGGGAGGUGAUACAAUAGGAUGUUGUCUCUCUGUUUUUCCCUUCUCUCAUGGCAAUGUAUAUUUGUUUUCUCUUUGUGUAGCUUCUCAAUCCGAAAUAAAAAUCAUCCCGAAUAGAA